AUGCCCCGCAUCGAAGGUGGACAGUACAUGAUCAAGAAUGCCGGUCCCGGCGGCCAGUAUAUCACCCUGCACACGCUCGACGACGUCCUGCGCGGCGCGCUGCGGACCGGGGCCACGAACCAGAAGUGGAUCGUGAACGAUCUCGGCAACCAGACGUUCUACAUCACCAACCGCGGGUUCGACAAGGAGCCCGGCGCGUACGCGCGCCCCGCGCGCGGGAACGCCGUCACCGCUGCCUCCGACAGGCAGGCCUGGCAGAUCACCGAGCUCAACCCGGGUAUCUACAGGAUCGCCACCGCUAACCUCGCGUGGAGCUUGGAGUCGGACGGCGUGAAGCUCGCCCCGUUCGACACUGCUGACGACCGUCAGAGCUUCAAGUUCGAGUCUGUCGCUUGA